UACUAAUUGAGCUAUCCGAUUUCGACAAGUGGAGGUCCACAUCUAUUUGGCAGAUCAAAGAGAGUUCUGCAUCUGGUCUACAUCCACUUGUCAAAAUCAAGCUGCUCAAUUAGUACAAUAUUGUCCUAUUUGGGCCAAACCCGCACGGAUUUACUCUUGGAUAUACCCACUAAAAGACCUUGUACUAAUUGGGCUAGGAGGACACUAAUAUACAAUGGUCUCUUCCCUUGUAUUACAGAUGCAGUACUUGGAUUGUCCCAUAACAAUCCUCCCUCAAGACAAGGACCACGAACUUCGUGUCCUCACCCCAGUGAUUAUCUUGAUAUGCAGACGCCUUGUAUCGAUGUGGUACUUGGAUUGUCUCAUAACAAUAUCGUACUAAUUGAGUAGCCUGAUUUUGACAAGUGGUAUCAGAGCUUGGUUCGGUUCGGGCGGUGGACGUCAGUUUGGUGGACCCUCAUUCGGUGACCUUGGGAUUUGAGAUAUGCGUUUGUCUGGCGGGUCAAAUGUGAUUCGCGUCUGUUUGGUGGAUCCAGGAGAGAUCCACGUUUGGCCUUGGUGGAUCAAAGAGAGUUCCGCAUUUGGAAGCAGAUCAAAGAGAGUUCUACGUCUGGAAAAAAUCCUUGUAGCGAGCAACCCAUCGAUACAAGGUGCCUGGCGGAUCAAGAUAAAUUAGUUGAGGCGAGGACACGAAAUUCGUGGUCCUUGUCUUGAGGGAGGAUUGUUAUGGGACAAUCCAAGUACCACAUCGAUACAAGACGUCUAGCAGACCACAUCGGUAAUACAAGGGAAGGGACCCUUGUAUAUUAGUGUCCACCUAGCCCAAUUAGUACGAGGCUUUUUGGGGAGGAUACCCAAGAGUAAAUCUGUGCGGGCUUGGCCCAAAUCGAACAAUAUCGUACUAAUUGAGUAGUCUAAUUUUGGCACUAAAAGUUCUGAAAAAAUCUUAUAGUAUCCAUUUUUUAAUUUGAAUCUUGUUUCUGUUAGUAUUUAUUAUUUGUACCGCUAGAUAUCUUGUUUUGUUUUGAUUCAUUCAAAAUAUAGUUUUACUGACAAAUAUGCGUUUUGAAUUGUGAAAAUGACAUAAAUUUGCUAACAAUUUUACAAUAAAUUCUUAAUCCUACCAUGAAAAUUUAAAUUUUAUACGUAACUUUUUCUAAUAUUUUCGAAGUAAAGAAAUGCGUACAAUUAUUCAAUUUAUAUAUACUAUUUGAUUUAAAUAUAACUAUUCAAUUUUUGCCCCUCGUGUCAAAUUCCUGGUUUCGCCCCUAGUUCUAUAAUGAUUUGCAUUAAUAUCUACAUGCAUUUCUUCUCUUUUGAUUUUUGUUAAGUCAUAUAUAUUUAGAUUCAAAUAUUAUAUCUACAACAUUUCUCGUUCAUAUAUGAAGGGCUUUACACGUGUUAUUGCAAUAUAGUGAAAUAUCAACAUUCAUUUUUCCAAAUUACAGGUAAGAAUGGGUCGACCUGCCUCGAUCCAUACCUACACGGGUAUUAGCAGCCUUGACUUGCGCUUAGUACGGAACAAAUGUGAAUAUUGAGGUACCCAUCCUGCCCCGUCUUGCGCUACUACCAUUACUAUUAUAAGCUAGCUAAAAGAAAUAUAUUUUAUUUUACAAAUUAAACUUGUGCUGUAUACUUGACUUGAAAUAUUGGUAGUUAGACUACCUUUGAAGCUUUGCUUAUACCCCAUUGUCUAUCUAGUGGGAUCCUAUGUGACAUCACUUCUAGGUAAUUGCAAAUCUCAGAGGUUCUUUCUUAUUUAGCAAGAUUGCAUUCAUAUGGAUUCCAUACAAUCAAAUUGGCUAGUCAUGGUUGCGACAACUGAAGAUCCUCAAACUUUUUAGGAUGUUGUUGGGGAUGAAAAUGAGAUGGAGAAAUGAAACAUGAAACACAUUCCACUAAGAAAAACAACAUACGAUAACUAACCACGUGUCAUGAAGACAUUGUACAAUAGGUGUUCAAAACUAAGUUAACAGAAAGUGGAGUUGUUGACAAGCACACGAUCAUACUAGUGGUUAAGGGUUAUGCUCAAAAACUUGGCAUUGACUAUUUGAAGUCUGUGUACAAUAAUAGGGUGAGAUACCAUUAGAACACUGGUUGCUACAGCUGCUCAUCAUGGACUCACUAUUUGGCAUCUGAAUGUGAAGAGUGAAUUUAUGCACGGGACGAGGAGCUUACUCAGGGUGUCUAUGUUGAGCAACCACAAGAUUUUGUGGUUCUUGGGGAGGAAGAUAAGGUCUAUGAGAUCAAGAAAGCUUCAUAUGGUUAAAUCAAGCUCUCGAAGGUUGGUACAUGAUGAUGCUCAAUUUAUAGUUUUUAUCACUUUCAUAUUUGAUACAUUUUCUCCUUUAAUUAAUGCGCACUUAGUAGAUUUUAUCAUAUUCUAUAUGAAAUUCGUAACUAUUUGAUUCGUGAGCUUAUGAUGGGCUUUGAGUGUGUUUUUGUACGAUUUUUCGCCUUUUGGUAUUAUUAUGUGCUCUUAAAGAACAAUGACAAUCAAGACGAAUAUGGAUCACCAAGGGACUCAAUGGAUCUGAAAGAGGACGAGAUUACAAGCCCGUGGGCUCAAACUGAGAUGGAUUUGAACAUCAUAUUCUCGCUUUAUGGCCAAAACAAGUAGACUUGGCAGUGAAGAAGGACCCAAUUUUGACCGAGGUCUAAACGGAGUUCGAUAAGUCAAAUCAUGCUCAAAUUUGGAGAGGUUGCUUGUGGGCCAAGCAACCCAUUGCAAGAAGACAACAUGGGGCUCAGUAACGUGUCUGACCGCAACUUAAGACUAAGCUUCAUAAUCUCCCAGAAGAUCCUUAUUUAGUCCUCAAGUCGAAGAAAUCCGAGUUCGAGUAGUACAAUCAAGGUUUUGGCAGACUUAUAGAGACAAAAGACCAGAAAACCCCCUUACGUAUCUAGAAUAAAUAGAGGCUUAGACCUGAACUAUAAACACACCUUUGACAUACAUUUUGCCCUAAGUGCACGAGUAACUAUCCCUAGAGAGAGGAGGCGAACCCCUCCUGGUGUUCGAUGAAGAUUACUCACCGUCGAUGUUCUUUAUCAUUGUGAUGCCUUCCUAUUAUCCUUUGUGUUAAUAGUCGAAAUUGUUGAGAUACGUGACUCUAUGAUGCUUUAUGUACCGCUUUUAAUGGUUUAAUGAUGAUUCCCAUUGUGUUCAAUGAUCUUUACCAUCGAUGUUAAGUCAAUUUAUGCUUGUAUUUCCUAUUGUUUAUGCAAUUCGAUGUUUUAGUCUUUGUAUGAUUUAGUUAAUCAAUGCUUAGGAUUCUAUUAUAUGCUACUACAAUAUUGUGCUUAAUAUCAUUGAGAUUGUUAACAAAUUACUCUCUCGUGGUAUCCCGUUUCCCUAUGGGUGUAUCAUGUAUGGGAGGAUUAGCUACCCAGACAUGCAUUGCAUAGUAUCAAUGCUUACGUAUUAGAUCAUCGAUGCUAUAGAAUGUGAAUUACGACUCAAUAGACCCACACUUAACCAUAUGUUAUCUUAAUUCCUAGCUUCUUUGUUCUUCAUUUUUUUUUUGUCAUGGAAAUCCUUACGGAUUAACCAGAUACACAUGAGGCGUGCCCCAACAACUAGCCAUUUUGUUAUAAUUCGUAGUUGACUAACCAGAGUUAGUUAAAAAGGGGAAAAAGUGACUAUUUGUACAAAUCUCAUAGUUAAGGGACCAAGUGAGCAGUUUGACUAUAACACUCGAAAAUAACGGUGGCGCGAAAAUCUGCCUUCCCGCGAAACGAAAACGACUGUGGCGCCAAAAUCAUUUCACUGCCUCCUCUUCUCUUAAAUUCAGCUCCCAAUACCGCCAUUGCCGCCUGCUCCCGACCACCAAUCCAUUCUCCUCCCCACUGCCGGCGCCAAACAGCUAUGGCUCCGUCUUCUUCUUGGAUUCCAACCCGAACCACACUCCGACGGAGAACCCAGGCCCCGAAACCCUCUUCCGCGCCCGCACUUGAUGACACCGACGACGCUUCCUCUUCCGACGAAGAAUACGACGACGUGUGCUGCCAAGAAUGUGGAUCCGGAAAGUCGCCGGCGAAGCUGCUCCUUUGCGACAAAUGCGAUAGAGGGUACCAUCUAUUCUGUCUCCGGCCCAUCCUCGUCGCCGUUCCCAAAGGAUCCUGGUUCUGCCCUUGUUGCUCCUCAAAACAAAGCAAGCUAAAAUCUUUCCCCCUGGUGCAAACCAAAAUCAUCGAUUUCUUCCGUAUUCAAAGAGCUCCAGGCCCCGUCCAGAGUGAACUAAGUCAAGAUUCACAAAGAAAACGGAAAAGGUCAGGGAGGUUGGUUAUGUCGAAGAAGAAAAGAAAAUUGUUGCCUUUCAAUCCAAGCGAGGAUCCUGAGAGAAGGCUAGAGCAAAUGAGAUCAUUAGCAACUGCAUUGAUAGCCUCAGGAACCCAGUUCAGGGAUGAGCUCACUUAUCAGCCCGGUGGGGCUCCUCGCUCUGCCAAUCGUGCUGCCUUAGAGAAGGGAGGAAUGCAGGUUUUGUCAAAGCAAGAUGCUGAAACCUUGAACAUGUGCAAGCGGAUGAUGGAUAGAGGGGAAUGCCCACCUCUAAUGGUCGUCUUCGAUCCUACAGAAGGGUUCACAGUGGUGGCUGAUAGAUUCAUCAAGGACUGGACUAUUGUGACAGAGUAUGUUGGAGAUGUAGACUACUUGAAAAACCGGGAAGAUGACGGCGGAGAUAGCAUGAUGACACUUCUCUCAGCUGCUGAUCCUGCAAAAAGCCUUGUGAUAUGCCCUUACAAGCAUGGAAAUAUAGCAAGGUUCAUCAAUGGCAUCAACAACCAUACCCCGGAAGGGAGGAGGAAGCAGAACCUGAAAUGUGUGAGGUAUUCUGUUAAUGGCGAGUGUCGGGUGCUGCUGAUUGCUAACAGAGAUAUACCAAAGGGAGAGAGGUUGUAUUAUGAUUACAAUGGAGAUGAAUACGAAUAUCCAACUGAGCAUUUUGUUUAAGAGAGAUAUCCUUCACAAGUUAGAACUCGCAAUGUUGAAGUACUGACUUUCACAGCCAAUGAUGUCAGAAGUUACAUCUCCAAAAUCCUAAAUGUAUACAUCCAGCAGUCCACUACUGUCCAACUAACCAGAACAAUCAAACAUGCCUGAGCUU